AAUCAUGUACAUUAUAAUAUGGAGAUUUAAUGGAAUAUGUCCAAGGUAAAAAUUGUUUGGUAAUUCCAAUUCCAUUUUAUUCCCGAACCAAAUGCUCGCUGGGUAACUUCUCUCUUUCUCUCGAUGUCGCUACAUAAAUGUCAAAAAACUGACAACACAACAAUCUCGCAAAUGCGAAUGUCAGCACAAAGCAAGUGUGAAAUCCAAAACUAGAAUAAGUGAAAAUUCUGACGACGACAGCAAUAGAGUUUGUGCAGCAAUUAUAAGUGACGGAAACGAUUAAAAUUAACAAUAACUGGGCCACGGAGCACCAACUGAACAAAUAAUUGUGAAAAUAAUACCAAAUAACAAUAAAACAUUUAACUGUCGCCGCGUUAGAACGCAAAGAAAAGUUACGCCAAAGACUAGGCAGGCAAUCAAUUUGUGGGUGCCACGAAAUAGGUGGUGCAAUUGAAAAAUCGCAAAAUAAUUGAUAGAUUAGAAAGCUGAAGUGUGCAAAGUGGAGCAGUAUUUGUAAGAAAGUAAACAAGCAACGCAACGAAAAGAAUGUCGUCCGGCGCCGGUGAUGAGUUGUUGAAAGAGCCACGCGUAGCAGAAAUUGCCGCAUCCAGUAUUCGUUCCGGCCUCGCUGAACUUGAAUUGCGCUCUUCACAGGUGUUACGUGGUUUGGAAAAUGUUAAAACUGCAGCGCCGAUUAUUGAAAAUCAUGAUGGACUACCACCACCAGAGGGCGGUGCCGCCACAGAUGCGGUUGAUGGCGGCGGCAAUGCACAUAUAGCAAAUGGCGUUCACACAUCACUUGACAUGCCGACAACACCAAAACAUACAACUCUAUUGCAUGGUGACUGUAAGCCACCAGCCGACAUACUCAAAUCAUUGGAAACUCUUAUAGCUUACUCCGACUCUGAGGAUGAUCCGGAAUUUCCUCUACCCGGUCUAGAUGACGUUGCACAACUAGCACUUAUCUCACACAGUAUUGUCGCUUAUCUAACACAUUUAGAUCGCCAACAUUUGGUGCGCGUCUCGAGCAGCAUUGCCGGCGACACCACACGCUGGCUGGGUGCACUCUUCCGCUUUUUCGAUCCGGCCAGUAGUUUUCACACAGACAACGCUGACGCUAUACUACGCGCUGUGCGCUUAGCGAUAGUGGCACGUUGUCCUGGCUAUCUUGAGGGCGGCAUACCAGCAUUGGCGCAUCCAUGCUUUUAUAUUUCGGAAAAUACGACGCCACUACGUCUACAAUAUGCUUGCCGUCAAUUGGGCAUACCAUUGGAUGCGAUACGUCUGAUACCGGCCAAUAGCACAUUCGGCACAAUGGAUUUGUCGCUGCUACAGAAGCAGGUGCAAACCGAUUUGAGUGCAAAUCGCACGCCUCUACUGGUGGUGGCCGAUGUAGGCGCUUCGCUUAGCGGUUAUGUGGACAAUUUACAGCGCAUGAGUGACAUUUGUCGGGCGCACAACAUUUGGCUACAUGCCACCGGUCAUGGUUUGGCAGCAUUAGCGUGUGCACAGGGACCGAAUACGAUCAGCGAUAUUGUUGACUCAAUUGUUUUGAAUUUGGGCAGUUGGUUAGGCGUACCAAGUCUACCAAUAGUGCUUCUACAUCGUCAACUGCAAAAUUCCGCUUUAACCGCCUUCGAAUCGGAUCCAAUGCUUUCACGUCGCCUACAUUCGCUUUCAUUGUGGACCAGUCUGCAGGCAUUGGGACGCGAUGCUAUCGCGGAACGUAUUCAUGUUGCAUUCCAAACGUGUAGUAUUCUCUUCGAGAUCACAUCCAAAUGUGAUGGUGUACGUGUGGUGAGUCGUGCCCCUGGCGGCCAAUCUGGUACUACACUCAACGAUGUCAUUAAUAAGCCGCUUGACGUUAAUUUACUUUUCGAAACCGUUGCACCUGUGGUUGUAUUUCAAUUUGAUGGCAGCACAUCAAUCACAAUACAGGGCGUUAGUAAAACCGAUAGCGAGCAUAUGGCUGCAUUGGAAGGCGCUAGUAAGUCGUUGGAGAAGAUUAGCAAUGCAUCAUACUUCGAUCGAUUGAACUCCUGGUUGGGCCAAAUACUGCAACGUGAUUGCCCUAAUUUCGAUUUCGAAAUCAUUGAACAUCCCACACAUGGCACUUGCAUACGUUAUUGCCCACUUGAGCUGGGGCUAGGUGAACAGCCACCGACGUCUGAAAAUUUAGAAGGCUUUGCACAAAAUCUCGAGGGAAAUGUGGAUAUUUUACGCGCUACGAUUAAGCAUAAGGCAACAUUUAUUGAAUUAGUUGAGAAGAGUGAUGUAUUGCGGCUGGUUAAUUUGCCUGAAUGGGCUGGUAUGGGUGGUGUACGCUUUGUGCCCGAAGGUUGGGAGUCACUACUCACUGAUCAAGCCAAAACGGAGUUGAAUAAGCUCAAUGCGGAUCUUGUUGACGCAUUGAAAUCCACAGAUAAUGCUUUCUCGUUGGGCGAGGGCACAGAUGGUUUGAUUUGUGUGCGUUUCGGUAUGGUUACGCAUGAGACCGAUGUGGAGGAGCUAUUGGAUUUAGUUGUUUCGGUGGGUAAGAGUGUGCAGGAAAAUUCGCGUGUAUUGGAUACAAUGUCGGAAAUUGUUAAGAAGGGCAUCGAAGCAGCUACUGCCGAUUUGAUGCGCGAAACCGAAGAGAAAAUGUGGCAAGAGGGCAUAUUAAGGCAUGUACCAGUUGUUGGACGCGUAUUUAAUUGGUGGUCACCCCCUGCUCGUGAAGCUGGUGGCAUAAAAGGUCGUAGUCUCAAUCUAACACAAGGUGUUGUCGAAAGCACUGAAAAUAUUUACAGAUACCACAUGCAAAUGUCGGGUUCACCACAUCAAAUGGGUCGCUCACCACCCACACCCAUGGUGCAGACACCUGUCAUAUCUGCUGCCAAUGCAGUGCCGCCCGUCUUUCCCGAACCAACAUCACAAACGCAAGCAACACAACAAGAGCAGCAACAACAAGCACAAACUGCGAACGUGAAUAAUGUCGCAGAGAGCAAUGAAGGACAUGCACGCAAUAUUAGUCAAAGUAGUAACCAAUCGUCGGUGCCUGAGCUGGUGCCCGUAAAUGCGAAUGUAAUUGUGAAUAAUGCAAAUCCAAUUAAUAAUGGCAAAUAAAAUAUUAGUUAUUAGAACUGUUUUCGAAUUGCAAGUAUCUAAUAUAUUGUAAUGCAAUAGCGGCAGAGAAGUUUGUUACCAGUUAAAGCAAGCAUACCGCAUGACAGUAGAACAGCAAACUUGCAAAUGUAAUUUGUGUCAAACAACACUGCAAGUUUAAAUAUAAUAUGCUUCUCGUAGUUAAAUAACAAAAUCAGAAAGGUACAAGGCAUUAGUACACAAUAAAAACCACUUUUGUAUUUUUGGCAUUGUGUGGAAUAAAAAAAUACGUAUAGAAUUACAAAGCUGACAAUGUAGUGCAACGAACCCCUAAAAGUAGUAAUAUGGAAAAAAACAUAUUCUCAAAAGCAACGGUGCAAUUAUUCAAAUUCUAUAUGGUUGAAAAAAAGAUGGACGCAAUGAAACCGCAGGCAACAGGUGCAUUAAAAAUCAAAGAAAAAUAUAUUGCAGCUCGUUUGCGUAACUUUUGUAUUGGAUUAUCUACCUAUCUAUAUAUGCGUGGAUAUUUUAUAAUUUAGAAAAUUAUUUUAUAUCAUUUACUGCUGAGCAUAUAAUAAACACUUGUAAAUUCUAAUAUCAUUUUACUACUGAAAUAUUCUACCAACCACUGUAUUUAUUAGAGUAUUCAAUAAACUCUUUAUGUAAUAGCUAAGCGAUGAAUAUUCAAAAGAAAAUCUUUAAUGGCAAUUCACUUCACUCACUAGUGAUAGCAAAUUACUGUUUGAACUUCAUUUUGAAUGAGUACACAAAAUCAUUCCUUUUAAUUACAUUAAGCAUUAAAUAGAUACGAAAAAAUAUAAA